AAUAAUCCGGGUCGGCGGCUGCUGGUUGUCUCGCUGACCCUUCGCCAAGCCCAGCCUAAGUGGGCCCAGGAUAGGAAGGCAGUGAGCUCAGUAGCCUAUCUGAGUUAGUUAGCAUGUGGUUACCAACGGGAAUGAGCUGGCAUGGGAAACUAGGAUCGGUGGGAUUAAGUGAGUACAAAAGAAACUUCAAAUGGAAGCAGUCAGAACAGCCUAGACUCUGCAAUUCGACACAUGAACAAAAGUGCCGAUGGGCUGGCCUUCGAUCAGAUGAGUUUGGGAUCACAAGAGAACCAAAUUUUAUUUCCAAGAGAAGAGUGCCUUAUUAUGACACACAAAUUUCAAAAUCUUUUCAAUGGAAUGGAAGUAAUGGCUUGGAGAAAGAUGCGUUAUCAGAAUUGGAAGUCAGUGAGCCAGUCAAAUUGCACAAAACCGACAGCAAGGAUGUUGAACUUAAUAAGGACCCGAUUGAGACAUCGGAUGCACCUAGGCUUCCUGAAAAACUGCAUCUCAACUCUGCAGGAUCUGGACCUGAAUCAACUGAAGCAUUUAGAAAAAGCAAGAAGUCAGUGCUCCAAACUCCAAUGCAUGAAAAUAAAGUAUUAGCAUCUACCAAAAAAGAAUUAGGAAAAACAGAUCAUGGGCUCAACAGAGUUCUACAGAGGAGAGCAGGCAUGAAUAUUUCACGAUCAAGAAGCUUUCCUAGAAGUUCUGAGUAUCAAAGAGAGUUUGUUUGGAAAACCCCACAGAAGCUUUCUCCAGUCCUUGCAGCAGAUCAGUUUAUUCACAGAUCAAGUCAAUCCAUUCCUCCAUUUAAGUCUCCUGUUAUUAUUCCUGAAACUGAAUAUGAAAGGAAUUUCAAACCUUCAUCCCCUAUAAAACCACUGAAACAAUGCUUUCUGGAAGAGAGUGCAUGUCCUAGAUCCGAAUCAGUAGCAGUCUCCUCUGGAGAAAAGAAUGAAAAAAAUAAAACCACUUCAAAGUCAUCAGAAGAUUCAAAUCAAAAUGAAUUAGAAACAAAGCAGAAAGAAGAAAAACAAAAACAGAAGUUGUUGUGUUCACAUAGACGUUUUAAGAAAAUGAAUACAGAAUAUAGAUCAAAAUUCUUGUCUCCUAGUCAAUACAUCUAUAAACAAGGAGCCUGGGUCCAUGUCAGAAAAAAUAUACCUUAUCAAGGUUCUCAAAACACCCUAAAUACCAUGUGGUAUGUGGAGGUGAAAGAACUUCGAGAGAAAGCAGAAGCUUAUAAGCAGAGGAUACAAGGAACCCACUUUUCCAGAGAUCAUUUAAAUCAAAUCCUGUCAGAUAACAAUAGACUCUGGGAUUUGUCCUCUGAAUCCACUGUGGAAGAAACCAUGAGCAAUAAUAUCAGAGCACUUGACUUAGCAGGGAUCCCUGAAAAUAAAUUAUCUUCAGGUCCUAAAAUAUUGGCACAACCUGCACAGCAAAAUAGCAUUGGGAAUUUAGGUGUAUCAGAUGCUUCUACUAUUCCUGUCAAGCGGCGCCUAGUUUGGGAUGAAUCACAUGAUGAUGAGCAACAAGAAAACCUUUCGCCUAUAUUAGGAGAAUGCAAAGAAGAAGAAAAUAAGCAAGAAAUUGAUGCAGUUAAAGAAGUGGAAAAAAAUGAUAAGGAUGCCAGUAUAAACAAUCAGCAAAAUUCUUCAGAAGGCAGGGCAGAUUCUUCAGAAUCUUUAAGAACAUGUGGUAGGCUUCCAACUCCACAACUUAGAACGCUUGGUGGAAUCCAAAGAACACAUCAUGAUCUGACAACCCCAGCUGCAGGAGGUGCUGUUUUAGUAUCUUCUCAGAAAGGGAAGCAUUCAUCCUUAUUGCAAACAGAAAGGGAAUCUUCAGAAAAGCAGUCUUUGGCAAAUAGUCAAGUUUCAAGAGAACAAAUAAAAGGAAAAACUAACAGGGAUGAAGAAAAAACUGUGACUAAUUCCUCAGUUGCAGGGCUAAAAACUUUGGACCCUUUGCCUCUACGAACAGAUCAGUACUCCAAUCAAGAUACUUCUGGUAAAAGAAACUGUGCAACAUUAAUGCAUUCAGAGCAGAUACCUAUAGUUUCAGAAACAAAGCUGGCUAAGGGUUCUGCUGUACCCUAUUGGAGUCCAGUGUGUCGCAUUCAAGGAAGUCUCCGGGAUCCAGAGUUUCAGCAUAAUGGUAAUAUUGCAAGCCCCAAAAGGAGCUGGUUACAGUUACCCCUUCAGGAGAGAAACUAUCAUGAUGAAGAUGAUGAUGACCGACUGUCCCAGUUGUCUGCUCGAUCUGCUGCUUCUGGUUCUCUUGCUUCUCAGGUUCUAGAACGAGCUCAAAGAAGAAAAGAAAAUUUCUGGGGCAAGAUGUGAUUGAAUUUUGCUGAGCUUGUAAUUUAUUUUAUAGUAGGGUAUUUUAAUUUUUGCUAGAAAAAAUAGUUAAAUACUGGGGUGUUUUUUUUUAAUUAAUAAGGGGAAAGGAUCUGAUACAAAAAUUCUGGAUAUUCAAAUACUCUUUGAUUUGGCUUAAUACUCAAGUACUUGAUUUGAAAUAUUCUACCUCACUCUCAAAAAAGCAUUACAAACGAAUAGAUUACAUCAUAAGUUAUUUUUACUUAAUGAAUUCCAAAGGACUCCAUAUCACUUUUAAAAAGCAGUGAAAUGGUGCCAUAUAAGUUUCAAGAAGUCCUUGAUCUUACAACAGAAAUGCAACAUUAAAAAAAGCCAACAACUCAACAGUGAAAAAAUUAUGCGGAAGCAAAAAAAAAAAAGAUGAAA